AUGGGCCACGUUAUUGUGACAUCAGUGAGCCUUCUUUGGAUAUUAUUGACUGUUAUUUCAUCUCUGGCUGUAUUCUAUGCUUUAUUCACUCCAAAAUGGCUGAUAGGGCCACAAAGGAUAUCAUACGGGGAAAAUGGAAGUGCCGUAGCUUUGGGUCCACCUUCUGUUGGAGUAUUCAACAGGUGUACCAGAAUGGAUGGUGAGAGGAGCUGUGGUAUAUUUGCUAUGGAUGGACUUUCGACAGAUUCCAAUGUAUUUCCAACAUUUUGGAAAAUAUCUCUUGUUUUCUUCACUCUUGGUAUAACGGUUAUGGCCUUCACUGCAAUGGCUGCUUUACUCAGCUGCUGUAUCCAGAGUGUCAACAAGAAGAGCAUCUUCACGGUUACUGGCAGUGUUCAGGCUUUAGCUGGUCUUUUCUACAUUCUUGGAAUCAUCAUGUAUUCUGCAGGAUGGGGUAGUGCAAGAGUUGUAAGACUGUGUGGACCUGAAUCUCAACCGUUCUACUUAGGAGACUGUUCCAUAGGAUGGUCAGUGUAUAGUGCCAUUUUUGGAAUCCUACUGACAUUAAUCACGGCAUCUUUAUCAGUUUAUGCAGAAAAAACAACAUCAAGUGAUAAAGUGAGCGAACAUGUGGAAAAAGGAGAGACUUUAGUUUGUUUGUUAUGA